GCGCCAGUCUGAUGUAGUGAAAUGUAAAGUGAACCCUUGUGUUUCUGAAGUGAUUAUGGUCCAAAUUGCGCUCCCCUUGCCCACCCUCAAGCAGGAAUCGCAGAAUCACCACAGGCUUUUCUUAAACAUGUGCGAAAAAUAGACGAGCAACAUAACCCGAAUGAUUACCUCAUCGAGAACACUUUUGUCAGUAGCACUGGUUAGAUAGGGAUACUCUGAACUAAGAUGACAGUUCUCAUGUGAUCCCCAGUUCAAAGUUUUCUCUCAUAACGUUAAAAAGGAGAGUUUCUUACUUGUACAUGUACAGAAAACUGAAGGUUACCUGCAAUGUUUUCGUUUAUUUGAUUUCUGUAUCUAAUGACCGCUUCAUUGCGCUUAGCUUCCGCAGGGACAGGUCACUAAAGAAAGCAAAUUACACUGAGUACAGAAUGUACGCCAAGUUUAGCACCGAGUAUCACAGUCAUGCUAGUUCUUGCUAUUUUAUAUCUCUCUGCUUUAGAAGACAGUAACUUCUUAAUUUUAUUUGGUUUGCAGAAGAAUUCAGCACAGCUUUCCUUGUAGCACACCAAAAUAGGGACAUCAACCUUUCGUGUUCAAAGGAUAGUCUUUUCACUUUAUAAUUUAUUAAGAAAAAGUUAACAGAUAGCCUAGCAGCGAAUAUGUCUCAACUUCGCUUUACUUUCCAGGACCACUAUAAAAAUGUUUAAAAUCUCGGCCAAAUUACGUAAAAAAGCCAUCUGAUUAACACAACCACAACGUUUCAACCUAAAGGAAACUUUCAAUAUCUUCUUCGACUGUUGUGCACCUGUUUAUAAAAAUCGAUAAGAACAACCAGUUAAUAGCUUCCCUUUGGAAGGUUUCACAGAUUGUAUACAGCACAACGUUCAGAAGGUCUGAGGCUUUUAAAUUUUAAGAACAAGCAUCAUGUAAUUUAUCCAUUCUAUCAAACUUUUAACGCCCUAGAGGAAAAACUAAGACAUAUCAUUAUUUUAUUAUCUGUUGACUUUAUCGGCUGUUUUUUCAUCGACUCUUCAUGUAUUUGGGAGUUUUACUGAAAUGGUGAGACAUGAAGGGACCGAUCUAGCGUUUUCUAUACAAUAUGCUGAUUGUGGUUUCUCUGCAGAGCCAUGUGUAAGUGAAAAGAGUCUCAGAUCCGCUUGUAUCUUUCCAGCCACGUUAUCUGAGAGAUGUACCGCGCAGUUAUGUUGCCUGCUGGUGAAUAUGCUGCAUCAAGACAUUUUUUCCCCGGAAUUUAACAAUCUCCUAUUCAACGAAUGGCUUGGCUUCUUUAAAGAGUUGCCCGAAUCACCGUUCCAAUUGGCAGCGUUGUGCUGAACAGAAGAACCCACGAGUACAAACGCCUGCAGCCUGAAAAUAAACACAGAAGCACAUUGCUGAGGGAGCCGAAUGAGCCGUAAGGGGGUGUGUGUGUGUAAGUUGUAAAAUCUCUUUCCCAGAAUGGCUGGGAAGCCCAGUGUCCCGUGAUUGAGCAAGUGUGUGUGAGAGCGUGUUUGAUCCCAGGGCCUUAUUUCUACAAGGCGAGCAGCCGGCGUGAGACGCUUGGCUUUGGCACGCCGGCUGGCACUCACAGGUUCAGCGCGAACUUUCGGCCCGCCCAACUUUGGGAAAGACACCGGAGGGGGAGAGCGCGUGAGGGCGGGUUCCCGCUGAGCAGCCGGCCUGAAAGGGAGCCAAUCGCGCUGCCCUGGCCUCUGCCAAUCACUCGGCUCCCUCCAAUCCCACCAGCGCCAUUUCCAAACUCUAGUUCCCGCUGUGCCGCUCAAAUGUGGUGAGCGCUCUGCCAAUCGCUGGAGGACAGAGUGGGGAAAGGAAUAAGCGGAGUUAGGAGCGGAGACAAAAGAAGUUAAAGAGCCGCUUAAUAUAUACAUGUUUUUGAAGGCGGGCAGAGGGAAAAAAAUAACAACAGUGAGUGUAGAUGGGCUGGAUUGUGUAGUUAUGGAGCCCCCUUUGAGCAAGAGGAACCCGACACUGAGAUUAGCGGAUUUGGCAGCGGCUCAGCCCCAUCCUCAUCAGACUAUGACAGGCUUCCCGGGGCUGGGGAGCCACCACGUCCACUCCCACCCCGCCGCUCACCUCCACCCUGGGGAGAUGGGCAGUGACCCCAGCGUGGCCCUCACGCCAUUCGGACCCGAGCACAUGGCCCAAGCGAGCGUCCUCAAACUCAGCCCCGCGCAGCCUCUCGCGGCGCAUCCCGAGGCGCAGACAGCGGCCGCCUUCGCCUCGCCGGCGGCCCAGAGCGCCGCCGCCGCCGCCGCGGUCAGCAGCUACCCGGCCGGCGCGGCUCCCCCGGCUCCCCACCCGGGCUACGCCGCCAGCAGCGCCGGCACCAGCAGCGCCAGGGACUUCAUCCUGCGGAGGGAGCUGCCCGGCGCGGCCAUGCACGGGGCGCUGGGGGAGCCGCACCCCGCGGCCAGCUCCCCCCACCCGCACCCCCACCACGGCGUGUUCAUCUCCGCCGCCGGCACCUACGGCCCGUCGGACGGGGCCGCGGCCCACCCGGUCUUCCCGGCGCUGCACGAGCAGCCGGCCCCCGGCGGGCACCACCCGCUGAACGGCCAGAUGCGCCUGGGGCUGGCGGCCGCGGAGCUGUACGGCCGGGCCGAGCCCUACGGGGCCGCCUCCUCGCUGCACGGCUACGGCUCCCUGGGCUUGAACGUCAGCCUGGCGGCGGCCAGCCACGGGCACCACCCGGCCCCCCACCACCACCACCCGGGGGCGGCGGCGGCGGCCUUCCUCCGGUACAUGCGGCAGCCCAUCAAGCAGGAGCUCAUCUGCAAGUGGCUGGAGCAGGAGCCGCCGCCGCCGCCGCCGCCGCCGCCCAGCGCCGCCGGGAAGCCCUGCUCGAAAACUUUCAGCACCAUGCACGAGCUGGUGAACCAUGUCACCGUGGAGCACGUCGGCGGGCCGGAGCAGAGCAGCCACGUGUGCUACUGGGAGGAGUGUCCCCGGGAAGGGAAACCUUUCAAGGCCAAGUACAAACUGAUCAACCACAUCCGCGUGCACACCGGGGAGAAGCCCUUCCCCUGCCCCUUCCCGGGCUGCGGCAAGGUCUUCGCCCGCUCCGAGAACCUCAAGAUUCACAAGCGCACUCAUACAGGAGAGAAGCCUUUUAAAUGCGAAUUUGAUGGCUGCGACAGGAAGUUUGCCAAUAGCAGUGACAGAAAGAAACACUCCCACGUCCACACGAGUGAUAAGCCAUAUUACUGCAAAGUCAGAGGCUGUGAUAAAUCUUACACGCAUCCCAGCUCUUUAAGAAAACACAUGAAGAUACACUGCAAGUCUCCACCACUUUCUCCUACCCCUGGAUCUCACGGUUAUCAGUCUGCAGGAACCCCCCUAGGUGCUCCCCUGUCCCCUGCCCAGGACUCAGCCAGGGGCCGCUCUGCCAAUCUUUCCCCUCAGGUCACCAACCUCAAUGAGUGGUAUGUCUGUCAGGCCAGUGGGGCUUCUAAUAACCUUCAUACACCUUCCAGCAAUGUAACAUCGUCUGGAUCUGAAGAUGAAGAGGCUUAUAGAAACUCUGAUACCAGAACUAUCCAUUAGAAGAAAAACAACAAGAAGAAGUUUCUGACUUGGGAGUACUUGGACCAUUCUCCUGAACUGUAAUGACACAAAGCUUGAAAUAAAUGGAUGGCAUAGAAUUGCCAUCAUGUUGAAUCACCACUAUUUAUUCAGUAUAUAAAACCCUAUGGUGUUUGUACACUUAACUAAUUUAAUUAAGACACUUGGACCUUUUUAUAAAAAAUAAUAAAUGAAAAUACCAAGCUGGACUAUCUCAGUGAACCAAGUUGCAUGUUUGCAGGUAUGGGGAAGAUGCCAAGGGAACUCAAUGGACAGAUCAGUUCAUCAAGAUUAAACACUGCCAAUGCCAACGCAAUAGUUCCAAAAAGAGAGAGAGGAAGAGUGUUCAUUAUGUAGCCUGCAAGCUGAUAGGGCCUCUCCAUUUCCUGGAGUGGCUCUUAAAUACUUUAGAUAUAAUUCUGGGGGCUUCUUAACAGCUUGAGUAGGCCCCAAUUCCGCAAUGGCCUCUUAAUUGUAAACCACCACUGCCUGCUGAAUUUCCAACAAAUCGUGGACUGGUUACAUAUUAAAAAAUGUGUUUUUUCCCCCGCUUUCAGUUCAGAUCUUUUGUAAUUUUUGCUUUUUAUUCUGAGUCCUUAGGUUUCACCCAAAUCUGAUAUUUUAUACCUAGGCUUGUUUCCUUAUCCCUUAGCUGUAUACGAUGUGAAAAUGGUUUAAAAAAAAAAAAGAUGCAGCAUUUCUCUUAACAUUUCUCCACAAUUUUGUACUGUUAUGAGUCUUGAGACUAAAAUGGAGAAUAAAAGAAAACCGCUGCUAUCUGACAACUGUGAUAGUGUGAUUUUUUUUAAAUAUAGCACACAAAAUUCAAAAGUGAAUUCAGUCCCUUUUAGCAAAGUUUGUUUAAAAGAGAAGAUCCUGCAUCUUGCUAUGUCAGACCAUGUGUGUAGUAGAGUUUGUUGUUAGGUCAAAAGAGCUUUGGACAUCAGAGCCAUUAUUACUUCAAAAUCUUCAAGUAUGAGAAGCUGUGACACUGUUGUGAAAGCAGAUAUUUUAGACCGAUCAAUCUCCUUUUAUACCAUUGUGGAUACUCAUUUGAAAACGCUUUAUUUUUUUCAACAUCUAAAACCAUGAUUGUAUUCAUUCUGCCCCCUCCCAUGCAAUCCUCAAAUGACCAUGUGUCGUGGUCAGUUACAUUAAAAGAGGAAAACAAUUGUCACAAAUAUUAAAAUCUAAAAGGUUUGUAGUUGGAGAAAAAAAAAAAGCAAAAAACCAACAACAAAAAACAAAACUGAUGAGUGCAUGACCUUUGGCAUAGCUGUCAAGCUAUUAAAGAAAAAGGUCAGGGAACUAUGACGAUAACUCUUAGUCAAUUUAUUUGCGGUUGGUACCACACAUUUCCCAUGCAAAAUGUUAGUCCAUCAUAAACAUCAUACAAAUAAACUAAAGAGCACUAAUUUAUCCUCAGAGACCCUGAAUACAUAAACAGGUAGCCUCCCCUCCCACAGGGUUUGUAGAAAUUUGUUUUGUGUGCUGUGACUGGUUGAUGUAGUCUUGUCAUUGUUAAUAACUUGUAUCUGACUGCUAUUAUUUUGUACAGUUGAAUUAAUUUAUUUUCGGACAUCAUCCUUUUCUGGAAGAGUACAGAACACACCAAAGAAUUAUAUUAUUAAUUUUGGUGAUAGAUUGUUGUUUAUGAUUCCGUGGUUUGUUUAAAAAAAUCAUUAUAUUUUUCAGCUUACUUGAAUGAACAAUGUAAUGUGAAAACAAGCUCUUCCUGCAUGUCUUCUGUGCAGUGUGUUGGUGAUGAUAUAUAUAGUUUAUAGAGAUAUUAUAUUAUUAGUACAGUGCAUGGUGCUGUCAAUCUGGAAGCCUUUAAACGUUGUCUUCAUAUUGUUAUGGUGAAUUUAAAGAUACAGACAUUCCUUAAAAAGCAACAAGAAAACUUGAAUAGAAAAUAAUUUUUAAAGUUUAUUUUAUUUGCUUUUUUUCACGUUCAAAGCCCGUUCAAAUAAAUAGAAAAUGAUAAAGUAAGGUAUGGACUUUUUAAGGAUAAUUUAUGUAAUAUAAUCUUGUUAGAAAUAAUUUUCUUACUGAUUUAUAACGAAUUGUUUAAUUUAUACAAAUUUUCAACAAUAGAUUGCACUAUACAUUACUACAUUACAGGGGUUUUAAAAUAUGAAACUGAGGGAUAAACAACUAUUUUUAUGUACUAUGCCACACAUAAGGUCACACACUUGCCCGUUCAUUUUAUGACACAUGAUGCCUCCUAAAUAAAAACGCCCUUCCAUCUCUGUAAACCCGACCAUAAGAAAUCAAGAGUGAUCAUCAAGCAAAUAAAUAAAAAUAUUCUUUCUA